CCCCUACCAUGCCUCCCCCACCCAGCACGCAAGGAGCACCCCGUAAUAGCUCCUACACCCCCACCACAUGUGAGUAAAGUCAGGUUGUUGUGGGUUAAGGGGUUAUGGUGUAGCAACUGAAGUACAUCAUCUAUUGCAAUUGGCUCUUCAAUGGUCUAAAAACAGUAGUGGUCCAGUAUCAGUGACAUCAUAGUCACAGCAGACUAGCAGACUUGGUUGUCAGUGCCACAGCAUCCUUGACCUCGUGUUCGAAGUUCCAUGCAGUGUGGUAUACACGUUUCAAUUUUGGGAAAAGAGAGCACUACGAUAGUAUUAGAUCAAUACUUGGUAUCAGCAAAUACAUUGAGUUGUGAUAUAGUGGCAUCGGUAUUGGCAGAGUUGGAAGAGUUGGGUUAGUGCAUCCCUACAUAAUACAUUGGUGGUUGAAGUGAUGCUGAAUCUGAAUAUAUUCCAGACUGAUCGCUCUACAUCAGACGCAUAAGUAUAAUUCCACCUUAAAGGUGUACAGUGUGUAGCAUUUCGGGAUAUAUUUGAGCAGAAAUGGAAUAUGAUAUUCACAACGUAUUAGUGUAUAAUCACCUAUAACUAAGAAUUGUUGUGUUUUCUUAGUAGCCCAAAAUGGACAAACCAAUCGCUGGCUCUAGCGAGAGCCUUACACAUUUUCACGUUACCUAAAGUUGCCGUAUUACUCCGAACUUGAACUACAGAGUGCAACUAUAGUACAGUGUACUGCAUUUACAUGGUUUUGCACUCUGCCGCUCAAGUUGCUGCAGUCUUGCAGACGCUAGAUGCCGCCAAAACCUUCACACUGUACCUUUAAGUCACCCAUGGAAAAUAUACACAGCAACACUUUGAAACAGAGCAGAUAUGCAUGCGCUCAUACAUGGAAAGACAGUCGCAAUAUGCAUGGCUAAAACCCCCAAAUGAAAAACUUGAAAAGCCAUCACAUCGUAAGACCUCCGUAACAAGUUGUAUGGAGCCCUCCCAAAUUGCACUCAUUCCAAACAACUCCCCUAACAAGUUCAUUAACACCCAAGCUUACGAACCCUUGGAGCUUUGCCAGGGCAUUCACAUAGCCUGUGACGAGCAAAUUACACCCUAGUAUUUACUUAGAAGUACACACUUAACCACUUGCAUGAAGAGCACUAGAAUCAAAGAAUCAAAGGCCUUGCGGUUCAAAAUGCUCAGAGUGCUCAAUUUGGCGUUAGUAGUGCUGGUUCUCUGCUCCAGAGGCAUUAUUUUGUUCUCUUUCAAUCACUUAUCCUCCCUUUCUUUAUCUUUAGCAUUUACUUUCUCCCUCUCUCUCUCUCGAUCUGUCUGUCUGUCUCUCUCUGUGUCUGUUGCAAACGCUCUCACUCCGCAAUUAACAUCGGGGCUUCUGUGCAAUGAGGGAGGAAAGGCCCAGCUCUCUCAUUACGCAUGCCGAAGGUUUUAACAAAGCAGUAUGCUUUGAUUUCCACCCGACGUAAUUGUUACCAGAUGCAGUUUGAGUAUCUCGUCUCUCUCUUUACAGUGGCGGCUUUGGACGGCAGCCAGAGGGGGAGUGAGUGGAUUGCUAGUCAAAACCUAAUCUCAUUAGUGAGAAAGCUUUAUGCCGCCUUGUAUCUCUUUGUACACCAACUCCCCCAACACAUGCGCACACACAAACACACGCUGCUCCCAUGCUCUGGCACGACAGGGGGGGGGUCACACUGUCCCUGCUUGUUUAGACUGCUGGGAGGAAGGGAAAGGGAGAAGGAGGUGCAGAGAGGCAACAUGUCUCCAAAUGCAGAAAUAUCUUUUUUUCUGAGAUGCCGCAAAGUAUCAAAGGAGCCGCGAUGAUUGGAAACAAAUGUUGAGGAUUGUGAAUGUUUUCAAGGGGAAUGUAAAUCAUUCCAAAUCACUGGUUUGGUCUCAGUGAAGCUGACGUAUGUUAUUUCCUUUGUUGGUGUUUGUUCAAGGUAAAGUCAGGGAUUUUAGGUGAUUGUUUUGGUGAUUUGCAUAUAGAAAGAGUGAAUGCAGUGCUACUUUGCCCAAUGGAAUGUGUCUUUCUCUCAAUGCUAUUUUUUUGUCUCAAACAGUAACCAAUGGCAGCAGCCACUCUCCUACGGCGCUCAACGGUGCUCCAUCUCCUCCAAACGGCUACAGCAAUGGUCCUAGCUCCUCCUCCUCAUCCUCGCUGGCCAACCAGCAGCUGCCGCCGGCCUGCGGCGCCCGGCAGCUCAGCAAGCUCAAGCGCUUCCUCACAACUCUACAGCAGUUUGGCAACGAUAUCUCACCUGAAAUCGGCGAGCGGGUCCGCACAUUAGUGCUCGGACUAGUGAAUUCCACGCUUACCAUCGAAGAAUUCCACUCCAAGCUCCAAGAAGCCACCAACUUCCCUCUGCGACCUUUUGUCAUACCCUUUCUGAAGGCCAACCUGCCGCUCCUUCAGAGGGAGCUGCUGCACUGUGCCAGGCUGGCCAAGCAGAACCCAGCUCAGUACCUGGCCCAGCAUGAGCAGCUGCUCCUGGACACCAGCACCACCUCCCCAGUGGACUCCUCUGAACUCCUGCUGGACGUCAACGAGAACGGCAAGAGAAGGACACCAGACAGAACCAAAGAGAACGGCUUCGAGCGAGAUGGCGCCCUCCACCCGGAUGUUCACCCGAGCAAGCGGCCCUGCACCAUAAGCCCCGCCCAGCGCUUCAGCCCGUCUAAUGGGCUCCCCUACCAACCCAACGGCCUGCCCCAUCCCGGCGGCCCGCUCCCUCCGCAGCACUACCGGCUGGAUGACAUGGCCAUCGCCCAUCACUACCGGGACACUUACAGACACCCCGCCUCCAAUCAUCGGGAGAUCCGGGAGAGACCCAGGCCUGUUGGUAUGCAUACAGGGACGAGACAGGAGGAAGUGAUCGACCACAGGCUGACAGACAGAGAGUGGGCUGAGGAGUGGAAACACCUUGACCAUGUAAGAAAACUGCUGAACUGUAUCAUGGACAUGGUGGAGAAGACAAGGCGCUCACUGACAGUACUGCGCCGGUGCCAGGAGGCCGACCGCGAGGAGCUCAACUAUUGGAUCCGACGAUACAGCGAUGCUGAAGAGCUGAAGAAGGGCGCCGCUAGUGGGCAGUCAAGGCAGCAGAGCCCGGCCGCACCGGAAAAUGCAACACCAGAAAUUCACAGGGAGCUGCUGCACCGGCCUGUGUCUGGAUACGUGCCUGAAGAGAUCUGGAAGAAAGCUGGUACGGGAGGCUUGACUUCCUCUGUGUCCACACUCUUUCCAGAGGAGGCUGUGAAUGAGGUGAAGCGACAGGCUGUGUCAGAGUUGCAGAAGGCCGUCUCAGAGGCCGAGCGUAAGGCUCACGAGAUGAUCAGCACCGAGCGGGCCAAGAUGGAGCGUACGGUAGCAGAGGCAAAGCGACAGGCUGCCGAGGAUGCGCUUUCCGUAAUCAACCAACAAGAAGACUCCAGCGAGAGCUGCUGGAACUGUGGCCGCAAAGCCAGUGAGACGUGCAGCGGUUGCAACACGGCGCGCUACUGCGGCUCCUUCUGCCAGCAUAAGGAUUGGGAGAAGCACCACCAUGUCUGUGGUCAGACCCUCCAGGCCCAGCAGCAGCAGCAGGCCAGCCAGCAGCAGGGAGGCGUGCCGGGGUCAGAGACCCCUGCUCCCAUCAGCUCCUCCGCCUGCACCCCGAGCAGCGGGACCGGGAGUCCGGCUGCUACCCCGCCUGCUGCUACCCCUCGCUCCUCCACCCCCAGCACCCCGUCCUCCUCUGCCCUGGAUGGCACACCGCGCUAAGAGACUCACACGAAGGAUGGAGUCAAAGGCCCCCUGGGCUUAACAGACAGCCCUCAACCCCACAAACAGCAUGACUGUCUACAUUGCCUUGCAAAGAUACUACGCUAAUGUGGCUAACAGAAAGAGAUGACAAUGCUUCUGUCUGUCUUGCAGCGUAGUCAUAGAAGGAGGAGGAGGAGGUCCAUAAUCAGGUCAUAUUGACUUGACAUGACUUUAAAGAAACACAAAGAUAUUCUUUGUUUUGAAUGAAUGAAUUUAAAUAUUGACAUCCUUUUAUCGUUACACUUGCUAUUCUUGUUGUCCGUUUGUCGUCGUGCCUGUUGUUGUUAAUGUUGUUGUCAUUGUAGUUUAUCUUAUUUUUUCCUGUAAAUAUUAAGAGACCAAGAAGAGAUACCCGUGAACUCAAGACAAGUAUAUCUGACCUCCCCUUAUUUAAAUGUUUUUAUUUUCCAUCCAUGAAUUAAUGCUUAUUUCCUUCCUGUACCUGGGACAUGAGACUAAUCAACCUCAUUUUACCAAACAGCAUACCAAGGGAAUAUAACUAGCUAGCAGAAUGAGUGAAGUCGUCAACACUCUUUGUAAAGAAGGAUAUCAGAUACCCUGAAAGACGAACCAACGGAAGGAUGGAUGAACAAGUUUGCUGCCUGGAGAGAGAGGGACGGACUGAAUCUCUGGCCCACAGACAGCCAUGAAACGGGCAGAUGUGCAGCAGAUUGCAAGCAGAGCCAGCUGUUCAACCAAUGUUAUUUCCCUCUCACUUGUAAUAAUAUCCAGGUCAGUGGGCUGGGAAAUACAAAUCCGUCUCCCUGAAGGACAUAAAAGGAAGAAUUCUUGGACAAGAUACAAAACUUUGCCCACUGCACAUGUGGAGGAUAUACUGACUACAAUUCGCACGUGCAUGCUUGGUGGGUCACAGAAGCUCUCAAACAGGAAGUGAAGUCAUCGUCCCGCCGGCGAGACUGUCAAACCACCACAGCAGCAAUCCACUGGGCCCCUCAGAGCUGGAAACCUACAGUGUGGAGAACUUGGUAGGAAGCUCAUUCUGCACUCCAGACACUCCCCUCCUGUCUCAACUCUUACAAACAUUUUCAUCUUUCUUCAUGUUUUCUUAUUCUUUUUCUGUAGAUGUCAUGGUGUUUAAGACUUCUGUCCUGUGGUGUCACCAAUGGUUAUUUAUUGUAUAUGUGUUGGACAAUUGUGACAAUACAUAGUACUUCAACCAGUCACAACUCUAAAUCCUUCAUAACUCUCGCUCUCUCUAGCAAAAAGAGAUAAAAAAGAAGUGUUAUCUUUUUUUCCAAGCUGCUUUUCUAUUCUGUGUGUAAGUGGUAGAUCCCUCGUAGUUCUUUAAGUUGUACUUCCCUUCGUCCUCAAGAAAAGACACAAGCUAUAUCUCAGAGCUGCUACUUGAGUCCGACCCAGAUCUUUUCUGAGAACUAGCAUGUUGCGCGGAAUGCUAACCUAAAUGUUUUGUACAAGGGACAUACAUAAAUGUAUUUGCACUGUCACAGAGGUUAUUUCGGCAUGCUUAUUUUUUAGCAUACUUGUGUUGUCGCUAUAGAGCCAUAACUCAUCAACCAUUUUGUAUGUAGUGAUAGCAUUAUCUGUUUUCACAUUUUUUAGGAUGGGGCUUGUUGGAAAAAUGUAAAAUCACCAAACCCACUUUCUUUCUCCUUCUCAACAUGUUAACAAAAGCGGCCAUAACGUUUUUUUGGAAAUAGUUACAGACAGUGCAUGCACAUUACUGAACGUUUGUUAAAUAUUUGUUAUUUUUUAGAAAAAAAAUGAAAAACAACCAAAAAAAGUAAAAAAAACUGACAAAAAAUAUUCUAACAAACUAACUUUCCAAAUGCAGAGGUGUAGACUCCGAUUGACAGCUUUAACACUGCAAAGCACCAGGUAACACAGUAUUAACACAAAAGAUAAACAAACAAAAAAACAGCCAAAGAUUGACACCAAGGACCAAAAUCCUGAUUUAAACGAUUUUCAAAAGAGGUUUGUUCACACAUAUAUUUGGGUUAUUUAUUUCUUCACGUUUUGUUCACACUUUCAUGGAACAAAACCAACUUCAAUAUCAUAAAAGUCAUUUAUUUUAAUCCUUUCUGGAAACCAACGGCACUCAUCUUACAUUGUGAAAUGAGAAGGUGUGAAUUAAACGGACAUUUUCACAGCAGUGUUACAUUUCAACUGGAGCAAUAAUAACUAAUGAACACUGGUGACUUCUGUGACCAUUUUUGAAGAAAAGUCUUGAGAUAUUUUUUGAUCUUGUUUGUGCAUUUUCUCCUUACACAAAUGUGAGAUUAAGUGCCCAUUUCAGCUUUAAGCAGUACAGUUCUUUAUUCUUAAAGGCGGUGAAUGUGAGACUGGGCAUUCACACCAAUGCCGUUUGUUUUGUAUUUAUUUAUAUCACAGUAUGUCAUUUUUUUUGCUGUUGGAAUAGAUAAUCAGUCACAGCUUUGUUGUAAACCUUCAAUGUAAAUCAAACAGACCUCUCAUUCGCAGUGAGAGAGCACUUAUCCUGACGCACACAAAGGCUCUUCACCCCAAACACCCUGGUGCUACACAGAAGCGCGUUACAAAUUCUGACCUCAAGAAACAAGUGGAGGCCCACAAAGGUUCUGGGCUGUUUGCUCCCUCUGUACUUCCUCAUCCCUCCCUUCUUGUCUAAAAGAAAAAAAAUACACACCUGCAUUAUCGACUCUAAAGGGUUAAACAAUCCAAAAAGGUGUCUGACACCCUACUCAAGACUCCUCAGAAGCUGUGAAGAAACAGCCAAGCUGUUUUAACACUAAUGUAUUUGAAAGUAUACAACAAAUAAUGUGUGUGUUCAUCACUAUCAGGGCAAAACCUGGGUUUGAAAAAAAAUAAAAAAUGGAAAAAAACGAAGACUAAAAUUAUUGCUCAAUAAUUCUUUGAGAAGCUCUAUUUUUUUCUUUCUUCCCUCCUCUAUGUGUGUUUUGCUACAAAUUCCUCGGUAGCAAACAAGUCUCACUCUACCUCUUACAGCACGAUAAGAGCAUCAGUCGCGGCGCUGAUACUGGUCUAGUCUAAACCAAAUGGGCACAAGAGAACAGGAAAAUAAAAAACCCAAAGUCGAAGCUCAUACAGCUGCAAAACCAUAUCACUACUUGGUAACAAUGCAGACCUCAUAAAUAAAUGAAACAUAAAUGAAUAGAAAUGAGAAAAAAAAACUGAAAAAAAACUUUUGUUAUGUUCCUUUAUGCCUGUGGCGUUUUUAGAGUACAUCAAGAGUGAUUUGUUUGAACAGAAUUUUAAAAUUGUGCUGAUUUUAAAGAAAAGUUGUCGAUUCCUAUUUCGAUGAUACAAGCUGUAGGGUCACAGAUAAGAAAUGUUGUUUGUCUCUCGCUCUUUUUUCUCUCUUGUUUCCCCCUCCACCUUUUUCUCCUUUUCUCUGUUGUGAAGACAUGCUAAAGCGCUUGUCGACUUGUCAGUGGGGGGGUAAAAUUCAAAAGAGGGGAUUUACAAAAGGCAAACGCUUGUAAAAAACUAAAAUGAAAAAAAUAAGGCUAAAAUUUAGACAUGCCUGUUUUUCACAAUGGGAGGAAAUAUUAUAUACAUUUCCUACUUAUCAAGAAGCAUUUAGGAAAUGUGUGGGGCCGACAGUGAACAGUGAAGGCCGUAGCAUUAAUCUGGGGGUGUGAGUUGAACUUAAAGGGUGGGAGUUUUAUUUUUAUUUUUGGGGGGGUGGGAUGGGUUCUCUUGAGAAGAUUUAUUGUGAAAAAAAAGCUCAAAUGAUUUGAAGUUGUUGUGCAAUACUUAUUUGAGACAUGAAAACCACAGGUUAGUGGUAGGCUGACACUGGGCGGUUUCUCCAUCGCCUAGAGUCAGUGUCCUUAGAGAGCUUUCCAGUCUACUAUGUCAGAACUGUGGUUUCUUGUUUGUUUUUUUUAUUUCUUUUUUAAAUUCUUUUUUUGGGCUGUAAACUAUGGUCUGUCAGUCUGUGAAACUUUGCAGUAUAAUUCUGGUAUUGUUGUUCUCUUAACGGUGUAAUAAAUAUGUUAAUACCUGC